AUGAGAAAAUAUUUACAGUUGUCCCUCUUCCAAGGUGGUACAGUAAGUGUUGAAUCUUUAUCAGAUGACGAGGAGAGUUCUGAAAAACAAGUUUCUCCAGGUCGGCCUCGACCUGAGGAACCAGCUGACCAGCCAAAAAUAGAUAUAGGACCUGAUGAACAUCCUCCAGAGAAUACCCGACCUCCACUGCAUCUGGACAGGAUGAGUCCUCUGAAACCAGAGGACAUGGAUAUACCAGAAUACAAGGAUAGAGCCUGGUAUAUGAAGAAAGGGGAAUUGUUGCCUGUGAAAACUAAACCUGGAGAAGAUGUAAUCCAUCCACCUAUUUGGCCCGAAAAUCUACCCUUUGAGGAUAGAAUCCCAGAACAACUGAUGUAUGUGCCAAGCUCCGUUCCAGAAAACCAGGAAGAGACGGAGACUCCGUUAAAGAAAAUACUGCUCUGGAACGGAGCCUCGUCCUGGGGAGGUUUAGUACCUGGAAGAGGUGUAUUCUUGAAGGAGAAAUGUCCUGUAUCCUCCUGUGUUAUUUCCUCUAAUCGAGCUGAAGCAGAUUCAUCAGAUCUCAUACUUUUCAAGGAUCAUUUCUCAACGCCAAGCAUGCUUCGGUCCUCAAACCAAAUAUGGAUGUUGUACUUACUAGAAUGCCCCCUGCACACACAAAUAUUUCGGGAACAGGAUAUAUUUAAUUGGACUGCCACCUACAGGUCUGAUAGUACAGUUGUUGCACCGUAUGAAAGAUGGCAGUACUAUAACAGUAAUGUGAAAAGUAUUGAGCAGAAAAGAAACUAUGCAGCCAAUAAAACUAAACAAGUUGCAUGGUUCGUCUCAAACUGCGGAGCCAGGAAUGAAAGACUGCAGUAUGCCAGAGAACUAUCUAAAUAUAUCAAUGUAGAUAUAUACGGAGCCUGUGGAACGGAAAGAUGUCCCCGAGCUGAGAGCUCUAAAUGUUUUAACAUGUUGAACACUGAUUACAAGUUCUACCUCGCAUUCGAGAACAGCAACUGCAAGGACUACAUCACAGAGAAGUUCUUCGUCAACGGACUAGGGCAUGAUGUGCUGCCUAUUGCAAUGGGAGCUCGGUACGAGGACUACUUGCGCGCUGCCCCAGAGAAAUCAUUUCUCCACGUGGAUCAGUUCAAGGAUCCAGAAGCACUUGCCGCGUACCUUCAUCAACUAGACAAAGACGACGACAAAUACAAUGAAUACUUUCAGUGGAAGGGAACAGGGGAGUUUGUAAAUACUAAAUUCUUCUGCAGAGUGUACUUCUACCAAUGA